GUAUGGCGGCGCACGCGCAGCCGCUUGAUCGUGUCUCACCUCGUAUCUCAGUUGUAUUCAUUUAAAAAAAAGAUAACCAAGAUGUUUCGGUAUAUAAUGUUCACGGUGUUGCUCCUGCAACUAGCCAAGUUGACUCUGGUGGAAGCAGCAAAGCAAGACCUCAAGCUCUCAGAUUCAUACCUGCCAGUAGCCAUGCAGGUCAUAGCUCAUCUAACAGACCAAAUGGCCUUCGAAGUCAAGGAUGAACCGACUGCCAAGCCGGUGAAACCAAGUACUACAACCUCCAAACCAACCAGUCGACCAGUAUUAUCGAUGACCACACCAUUCCACAGACCAGGACUCUUCGCACCACCAACUCCUCCCAAACCUUCCGACAGAGUAUCCCCAAAAGGCCAACAUCGCUUCGUUCUGCUCCCUAUAGAGUACAACUCUGAAUAUACCGUCAUAGAACCAGAAGAAAAAAGAACUGAAGAGCCUCUUCUAUCGAUCCAGAACGAGGAGAUCAAACCUCUAAUGGAGCCAAAUCCAUCAUCAGCUCCAUUAUUGCCACCACAUUUCGAAACUGAAGUGAAAUCUCAAGAGGACCUUAAUGAUGAAAACUUGCAAUAUUUAUCAGAGAAUGUUAGAGACAUCAUUCGGAUGGCGAAUGACCCUGAUGAUGAGAGAUUAAUAGAGUUGUCCGAGUUGAAAGCUGGACCACAGAAAGGUUCAGGUGGUAAGCUGUCAUCGUCCAAUUUGAGACUGCUGCUAUUAUAUGACCUGUUGAGCAGAGAAGCAAAGAGACAAAAAUUGUCUGAUUAUGUGGGUUUCUCACCAUCAGUGAUGCAAUCACUUGCGGCGUCAUCAAGUGGCGGAGCACGCGCUCAGCUUAGCAUGGCCCUCUCCAAGAUGGUGGACCGGAAGGACUGCGCGCACGACUACGCCAACAACCGAGCUAGAGAAAUGGUCACCGAACUCGCUAAAGAUGAAUCCAAAUUGUCUUCUGAACUGAGAUAUUUACAGCCACUUGUCUAUGUUUAUUAAGUAGUAAAUUGUAGAAUUCUUUGUCAAUUAGGACAUGUCAUGAUUGUUUUAAAGUAUUUUCAAAGUUGUAUACAAUUUAUACCGUGAUAAUUUAUAUUAUUUUGUUUAAUUCCUGCCUUUAGCAUGUGUGAGAUCACAAAUAUUCAGUGCGGAAAAUUGACCACACUAUUAGAAGCGUCGAGGUCUUCUAAAAUCUGUGAUCAAAUUUCGACCGUUAGUAGAUCUACAUCUAUUGCGACCAGACUACGACAUACGUGACUUGUCGUUCUGGUCGCCCAACAGUCCACAUUAGGCUUCCAAGAUAUAUAGCUCUAUUAAAUAUCUGAUGCCCCGUUUAGAAGCGAAACACAUAUCGCAAUAUAGGUGAAGAUCAGAUAACUGUCGGAAUUGGAUCACCAAUAAAGUUCUUAAUGUUUCCGGUAGCAGUGGUCAGGUCUCAUCAGCGAAUAUUCAUAUCGUAGCAGAAUUAAACAAAAUAAUACAUAAUUCAAUAAAAUAUUAUCAUAGUAAACAUUCCGUUAAUUUAUUUACAAAAAUCUUGGUUACUGGUCGACCCGUGGCCAUGAUAAUUGUAUAAUUAUAAUCCAGAUUAGGAAAUAUCAUAUUGGGAGCUCUAAAAUAAAUUACCAUGGUACCUUAGCCCGUUUAUAUAAUACGGACAUUUCAUCUUCGUUUGAAAACAUAUGUAUUUUUGCAUUGAUUUGGGAAUUAUUAAAGAUAUGUAAAUGUUUGACAGUUUCCAGAACAGAUAAUUCUCUUGCAGCAACUCUGGUAUAUAAAGAACUACUAUGGUUUUUUUUUAUAUAAAGAUCUCUCUAUUCUCCAAUCAAUCCCCCAUCCAAUUCAAACGUGGAUCAAAGUUACGGCCUGAGCCGAGGUUCGAACGGUCUAGCCCUCAAUCGUACCCAUCAGGCGGGAGUUAGCCUUAAGCUAUUCCAUAAGUCCUUCCAUUUGGAGUGCCACCUACACUCGCCCGCUAUCGUCCGGUGAAGCUAUAAAGUCAGCUGCGGCCAACAAAAGGUCUCUUUAUUAUGCAAAAAAUUACGAGUUUACUAGAAAGUGCUUCACCGUCUCUCGAUUGCAAUUAUUAUAGGGUUUCUUGUUGAUAAUAUAAUUUUCUAUAUAUGUGAAAUCAUUAUUAAUAUCGGUUAAGUAGUUUUUGAGUACCUAUGAAUAGAUACACAAAAAAUUGCAUUUCUUCCUGGAUUUUUUUUUAUUUUUAAUGAUGGAAACUAAUACAUUCAAAUGUACGCAGAAACAAAAAAUAUACAGUCUAUGACCACAGACAACUAAUGUUUAAGAGAGAGAUAAAAAAUACCUAAUAUAUUUAUAUUAUAAUAAAAAAUACAUUUAAACUAUUAAAAUAAUUAAUUUAGGUAUUAUAUUUUUUACUAUUUAGUUUAAGGAAAU